AUGGGUAUAGAUCACACUAAGAAGCAGCACAUCAGAAACAGCCAACGUCAGGCUCCCAAGUCUGCCAACCCCCAGUUGGCUCUGCUUGUUCAGCUGUACCGCGUCCUUGCCCGCCGCACUGACUCUGAGCUCAACAAGACUGUUCUCCAGUCUCUUUACCUCUCCAAGACGAACCGCCCCCCUGUGUCGACCGCCGACCUUGCUACUGAGCUCAAGAAGGGUUCUAUUGCUGCUGGCAAGAUUGUGGUUGUUGUUGGCACUGUCACUGACGACCCCCGUCUUCUUGAGGUCCCCAAGGUGACUGUUGCUGCUCUGAGAUUCACAGCCACUGCCCGUGCUCGCAUUGUUAAGGCUGGCGGUGAGGCCCUCACUCUUGAUCAGCUUGCUCGCCGCACUCCUACUGGUGAGGACGCUGUCCUUGUUAAGGGUGACAGAGCUCGCAGACAGGCUGUUAGACACUUUGGCUUUGGUCCUAACUCUAAGAAGGCUCCCAGAGUUCUUUCCAAGGGCCGCAAGUUUGAGCGUGCUCGUGGCCGCCGCCACUCUCGUGCUUUCAAGGUCUAA